AUGGCCCACAAAGGAGCUAUUGAGGCCCUCGAUAGGACACUACAAGACGUAAGAGAAUGUCCACAAAGUAUGGGGGGCCUAACAAUAUUGUUUUCUGGGGACUUUCGACAAACUUUGCCAGUAAUUCCAAAGAGCACAAGAGCGGAUCAGGUUCGGGCAUGCUUGAAAUCUUCUUCAUUGUGGUCACAAGUAACAACACUCAUAUUAACCACAAUCAUGCGUGUUCGAUUACAUGGAGACAUUGAACAUGAAAAGUUCGCUGAGGAUCUUCUUCUUUUGGGUGACGGUAGAGUACCAAAAGACCAACACGACCAAAUUUCAAUUCAGCAUUUGUGUUCCCUGGUUGGUAGUAUCGAUGAUCUUAAAUCGGCCGUUUUUCCACAAUUGCCUGAGAAUUUACUCAGUCAUGCUUGGCUUUGUGAAAGAGCUAACUUAGCACCUACAAAUGUGACCGUCUCUGCAAUCAAUCGACAAUUGCUUGAAACACUUCCGGGAAAUUCUAUGGUUUUUAAAUCAAUUGAUUCGAACGUUGACCCCUUCUUAAUUCAUUGGAUCCUCCUGGUUUUCCUCCACACAUGUUGUACCUCAAAGCAGGAUGUCUUAUCAUACUUCUCAGAAAUAUAA